CGACCUCUUAACCCAAAAAUCCAAAAUCAAAAGUAUCAAACCAGCGAGCGAUCCUUAAUCUUGAGGAUAAACAACUCAACUCCCCCCCCGCCCGCAUCCAACUCCAACCUCUCCUCUCCUCUCCUCUUCUCUUCUCAUCGACGCGCAGAUCUAUCCCGCCUCCUCUCCCACCUCCGAUCGUGAGCAGAUCGGAUUUAUGCGGCCGUACUGCUUCUGCUGCUGCGGGAGCCAGCCAUGUCGUGCAGCUUGAGCCGCGGCGAGGAGGAGGCCGGCAGGGGCGGCGGCGGUGCUGCGGCCGGGGCUCGCCGGUCGCAAUGUCUAGCAUGUCAGACUCGGGGACGGGGGGCCGCGGCGGCGUGGAGCUGAUGGUGAAGCAGUUCCACCUCAAGGUGCUCGACGCCGUGCUCGCCGUGCGGGGGCCGCGCCCGCUGCAGCCGGCCGCGUCGGCGUCGUUCACGCGGCGGGACAGGUGGUUCCACCUCCCGCUCCACGAUCCGCCGCCGCCGCUUCCCGCGGCGGAGGGAGUGGAGGCGCCGGCGCCGGGGGAGCCGCUCGUGGUGGAUAUCCACUUGGCCCCCGCCGGUGGCGGGGGAGCAGCGGGUGGGGAUGUGGUGGAGAGGUGGACGGUGGCGUGCGAGCCCUGGCCGGACGCUGCGGCCGCGGCGGCGGGCGAGGGGAUACCCGUGAACCGGGCAUACAAGCGAUGCAUAACGAUGCUGAGGUCGGUGUACGCCACGCUCCGCUUCCUGCCGGCGUACCGCGUCUUCCGCCUCCUCUGUGCCAACCAAUCCUACAACUACGAGAUGGUUCACCGCGUUAGAUCUUUCGCCGCGCCGCUCUCCCGCGAUGAGGAAGCCGCGAUGCGCUCCUACAGCUUCGUUCCCGUCGAGACGCAGCACGGCCGCCUCGUCGUCUCUGUCCAGUACCUUCCCAGCCUCGCUGCCUUCAAUCUCGAGAUCUCCUCCCUGUCGCCCUCCAUGUUAAUCCCCGACUACGUGGGCAGCCCUGCGGCCGAGCCAAUGCGCGCCUUCCCGGCUUCCCUCACGGAAGCAGCAGGCUCUUCUUUCCCGCUGUUUAAUCAGCCACAGCGCCCGCACAGCUGGGCGCCGGCUGCGCUAUGGGCACAGGCGCCGGCACAGCAAGCUAGCUUUUCUCCUCCGCAAUUGCUCGACGCAUCACCCACUCCAUCGCCACCCAAUUUUCCCAGCGGAUAUCUGCAACAUCGUCCGAAGGUAGGUUCUGCACCAGUGAGCAUACCACAGAUAGGUGACAGGAGGAACCCCUUUCACCGUCCGAUCACUUUCCCACCACCAUCUCCGAGGAGAUUAGGGGAGUCGGGAACAGGUAGUGCACAACAGUCUCCGUCAGAGAACAGCCGAUCGUUAGGGAGGGGAGAUGGACUUCGGAUGAUGGAUCCCUAUGCAAGCUUGUCGCCAGGACAUAAGGGCAAGGACAGUAAGGAUGAAUCUGGCAGGUUCUCUGCACUCUCCUGUGAUUCCCCUCGACGAGAUGAUCUAGAUGAUGCAGAUUAUCCUUUUGCUGUGGAUGAUGUUGAUACACCAACUUCCCAGCCUGGGAGCAGCGAUGGAAAGGAAGCUAGAGAUCAGGCAAGUUCGUCGUCCCAUAGAUCACAAGAUGCUGCAGUUGGCUCUUUGGUGCACCUGCUCAAAACUGCGCGUCCUCUGCGAAAUCCUAACUCUCCAUCUCAAGUUCGAUUGUCUAAUGAAGCAGCCUCAACGGUUGAGUCUAAUGAAGCAGCCUCUACCAGUUCGAUUGUCUCCCGUCGGAAAUCUGAUGCACUCGAGAAGCUUCAAUCAUUUAAAGAAAUCAAGGAGAGGUUGAUGUCCCGGAGUAGAGCAAAACAGCAAGAGUCACCGGAAAAACCGAAACAGCAAGAGCCACCAGAAAAACCAUAGCUCCGUUCUUCCCUUUGUGAACUUCACAAUUGAAGAUCACCAACCACAGACCGGGCUAUACGGUGAGCUCAGUGACUUUGUGCUGAGGAGUUCGUGUAUAUAUAACUGAUGGUCUGAUGCUUUUAGUUAAAGAGGAUACAAGUCACCACUGAUUUCUGCGAGAAUCCCUCGCCAUUCUUGAACUCUAGAAGAUUUGUGCUACUGUUUAUACGCUUUUAUACGGUAGGUGUGCGCCUCUUGAUGAAGGUAGCAGCUCCAGCGCGUGCGUGUGUAAUUAUGUGACUACUGAACUGAGUGUUCGGUAAAUUAAAGUAUCUAUAUUCAAACUUC